GGAGGGGAGACAUUUCCUGCUGAAGGGGAAAGAGAAGAAGAACGAGGGGUGUCAGAGGAGAGGGAGCAAAGCGGCAGCGGGCAGGAGGAGAAGGCUAACCUAAUAUUGAAGGUGAAAAGUCAGGAGAGAGAAAGGGAAGGAGGGAGAUAGGGAAAAGGCUGGGGAGAGGCUUCCAGGCGAGGUAGACUAGAAAGAAAGGAGGGAGGAAAGAGAGGGAGCAGAGGAUACGUUUCUCCCAGAGAGGUGGAGGAAAGGGAGGAUAAGGGUGGAGGAGAAAAAGAGAAGGUGAUACAGGAGGGAGAGAGGAUUUGCCAUAGAAAAGGAGCUAGUUUGCCCCAUGGAGGAAUAAUAGAGAUUUGGAGGUAAAAAGCAAGAGAAAGGAGGGCUACACAAUCGGGAAAUUUGCAGGGAGAUCUCCAGCUGGCAGGAGGAUGCAUUUUGCCUUUGGAAUUAUCCAUGGUGCAGGGCUGCUGCUUCUCGUCACCCAGGCUGCUCUGUUAUACAGAUGACUCACUUGCAUCUCCAUUUGUUGCUUCCGAUCGGCUGCCACCAGGACUCCAUUGAGUGCAGCAAAACGAAAGGAGAAAGGUUUGGUGAAGAGGGAUGAAGAAGGGAAAAGUAGGAAAAGAGGAAAUAUAUGUAGAAGCACAGGAGAAAAGGCAGCAGUGGCGGCAAAUGAUAAAAGUGGCGCAGCGAUGGCGCAAAGAAUUUGAAGAUGAGAAACCAUUUGAUCUAGAAGGGUCUGGAGAUGAUGACUUCAUUGAUGAGGAGGAUAUUGAUGAUGUGUAUUCUGGAUCAGGAUCUGGUGAUUUCGAAAUGGAUUCCAGACUGGAUUUUGGGGUUAGAUUCACAACAGAAACACCCAUUUCACCUCCCACAGCUAUAGCGCUAAAACCUGCUCCUACAGCGCAUAUACUUCCCCCUCUACAGACCACUUGGCUUCCUCCAACAACGGAAGCCACACUUGUACACAGGCACCACCCAUGGGUUCCUCCUGAGGCUCCUGAAAUACCGCCCAUAACUGCGGCACCCACACCUACAAGUCCUACCAAAGAAGCAGCAACUACAGCUGGCGUAAUCACAGCAACAGCCAGGACAACAGAAGUACGCAGGUUACAGCCUGUGAUUAUUGUUUCCACAUUAACAACACCCAUGCCUACAACCACAGAGGAAGAGACGGCGACAUUUGAGGAUGCUACUGAGAAGGUUGUGACUGUUACUGGCCAGGAUAGCAGCAGACAGUGGCCUACUGAGGAUGAUAGUAUAGUGCAAACAACUGCUGAAAGUAAAAUAGAUGGCCUGGAUGAAGUGACUUCUACUCAACAACCACAGACGGAUAUCUGGGAGGUGACCAUAGCCACUCGUGACAGUGAUGUAGAGGUUCCAGUUAGUGGAGGCCCAAGUGGAGAUUUUGAGAUUCAAGAAGAGGAUGUUGGAUCCCAGACACUAGUUCCCACAGUACUUGACCUAGGCAAUGAAGUAUUACCUCCAGUACCAUCACCCACUGUUCAUGGGCGAGGAAGGAAAGCAGACACUGGUCUCAUUGACAACACCAUAGAUUCUGGGAAUACACUAGCGCAGAUGCCUCAAAAGAACAUUCUGGAGCGAAGAGAAGUAUUAAUUGCAGUGAUAGUUGGAGGGAUAGUUGGAGCCCUGUUUGCUGCGUUCCUAGUGAUGCUGUUGAUUUAUCGCAUGAAAAAGAAAGAUGAAGGAAGUUACGCUCUGGAGGAGCCGAAACCGGCCAGUGUCUCAUAUCAGAAACCGGACAAUCAAGAGGAGUUUUACGCAUAGUAGGGGGAAGGUGUCCUUCUUUUUCCCCUUUACCAGUCCUGAUGAUCGAUGAGCCUGUGGACGGAUCUUACAUUUGUGGCUCCCAUGUUCAGCAGUCUUGGAUGUGGGCUCUUAUUUUGUUUUAAAAUCACAACUACCUGACAUGUGGUCACAUAUAGUGUGGUCAGAUCAGGACACCUCAUCAAUCUUUGGAAAAAAAGAUUGUUCCUGUUGUGGGAUUUCUACUCCAUCCAUUCCUCUUUCAUUUGUGCACUCUGUAUGGCCACAGCUGCCAGGUGCUUCCUUGAGGGUCUUCUACCAUGACUGACUUUCUUACCUAUUUGUGGCCAUCACAUAGAAGGUUCAGGACCCACAUAAGCACAAGUGAUACCCUUUAGGCUAUCCUAUAUUGCAGUAUUGGCAUAUUAAAUAUUUGCUGCAACCACGGGACGCAGCCUGUUUUUUUUUAAAUAAUAUUUCCAAAGUAGGAACAAUAUGUACAUGCUAAAGGGAAUUUAGAAUGUUGUAUAAAAACCAUAUAUUUAUCUUUUUACUACACAUAUAUUGCUUGUUUUAUAGCCCGCCCACAGGCUCCACAAUCAAACUGUAAAUAUGAUUUUGUGUACAAUGAUAAAAUGUUAGGGGAUCUUAUUAGUAAAAAGAGAAAAAAAUGCUUUUUUAUUUACAUUUAAGCAAAACAUUCUCCAGCUAAUAUUGGGGUUACUCAGAUGUGGAAGCAAACCAAAAAAGCAAGCAACUGGACAAAACCAUGCUGCACUGUAGGUUGGGCAGUUGUAACAUGUGCAGAGAGAUUUAGAUUUGAGUUUGGUGUGUUCAAACUGAAAUCUAAAUCGCAGUGUAAAAAUAAAGCUAACAUUUGUGAAUGACAUGCAAAAGCAUACCGUAUUUACGCUGCACAGAAAAAAUACUGUAUCAAUGUAUUUCUUCCUCUUGCAUUGCAGCAUGGUUUGUUCCAGAUACAAACCUACUGCUUUUUCUGCCUUGCUUCCAAAUCUGAAUCAGGCCCAUUGUCUUACGGGAGUAGAGACUGAAAUACUGAUACAUCUUUUUCAUUGAGACGGUACUGUGAUGGAAAGAGAUGAUAAAGUGGUGUUUUGGUUAAAUGUUGUGCCAUAAAAAGGGGCCUUGGUUUACUUAUUCUCCCCAAGAGCUUCAAUGAAAAAGCCUCAUCUCAAUGAGGCUCAAUCUUAUUAUAGCUGAUUAUUAUUGUUCCACCCGUUUUAAGAAUAUACCCUUAGGUAUAUUUACUUAGAGGUGCAAUAAAGUGUAUCCAAAAGUUGCACUGUAAGCAAAAAAAACAGAAACAUACAGUUAAUUUGACAACUAAAAAUGCAUGCAUGUAGUUUUAAUGAACCUAAAAGCAUUUGACUUUGAUAACCUUCUUCCCCUGUCUUGCAUUGAUAUUGGCGUAGCCAAGGAUUCUGGGUAAUUACAUACAGGUGAGCACAUCUGGUUUCGGAGAACAUUCUGAAAUUAGAUGUUUUUCUAGCGUUGCCUAGAACAUCUAUUAAGAAAUGAGGUAACUGAUACCAUGAUUGAUUCACUUACGCAAUUUUCUAUUAAUAGCAGAGAUGGAAGUAUGCCAAACAAAGAGCACAUCUAGUGGUGAUAUCAGCCCUCCUAAUGUAAUUAGAUUUUUGACUAAGUAACUGUCAAAAAAGUUUUGUAAAUUUGACAUAAAAAAUAUUGGAUUUGUGGGAUUGGUUGCCGCAGUUAUGAAGGCUCAAAGCGGUCUCUCGGAAUAAAAGGUGUAGAGACGUGGACAGUUGUAUUAUGUCCCAUUCACCUUGUUCUAAAAGGAGUAAAAAUAUACCGUAUACAAAUCUCAGGUGCAGCUUGUAAUAUCUCUAUAAGUAAGUUAAUGGAUAUUGACAUUUGGUAGAACACAGAUCAAAUUUAGGUCAAUAAACACAAUAUAUUUCAUCUAUUUUAUUAUCCCGGAAUUUCUUGCACUACGGGUGAAUGUUUCUUGUGUUUCCUAAAGGGAUAUUUCAAACUUUAUCUGUGCAUCAAAGACUGAGACAAUCACUUGUGUACUGCAUAACCUAAGCCCUAAACUUGCUCACUGUACAGUAUAUCCAGAAUCUUUACUUCUACUGUGUUAGCAAUGUGUAACCAUACUGAGGAGUUUACAAAUAGGCCAUUGACACGGGGUAAAAAAUUGAGAAUUAUCUGGAGUGAAGGAAUUAACUAUGAAUUGUAUCCUGAAAUUAACCAAUAACAUUAACACUUUUAGAAAGGACACAAAAGUGAAAAUCUAAUUAUGGAAUAUAUGGAAUAUGACUUAAAUAUAGAACUUCUCUAAACCAAGCUGAAUGUCAUUUCUGUGUCAGUAUAUGCGCUCAUUGAUUUCCCUGUGGAGGCUGAAUGUAAUUUUUCAAGGGGAGUUUUGUGCAUUUGCCGCAAAUGUAUCAGCCAAUCGGAAAACGCCCCUUGGCCAAACUUUACAGAGUGGAACAUCCUGAAUGGCCAAUCCAGACCUUUUUUUUGUACAUUUUGCUGCCAGUCUACCUAUAAAGUGGGCAAAUUUCUUAACAAACAAACAUCUGUUCUAAGUAGUGAAAUAAUUUAUAGAAGGGUUUGGGUAAUCGGGUUGUACUGUAAUAGAGCAUUUUUGUAUGUACAGUAUGUAAUUCACUAGGAUUUUAGCAUUAAAAAUUUGCUUCUUAAAGUCAACUCUGAAUGUGUUCUGGUUCUCAUAGCACAGACUUCAUGGGCUUGUUCACACCCCUGCAUUGGGAAAUUGGGUAAAAUGCGUGAACACUGAUCUAAUGUGUUUUUCACGUGCUUUUCAUGCAUUGCACUUUUACCAAUACAAUAUUCUGUACUGGUAGCACACAUUAACACGUGACAAAUAGGUUGUGCUGUUGUCCAAAAGUUUUAACAGCGUUCAAAUUCUAAAACACAAUGGUGGGAACGGCACUAUUGAAUCUUAUUUGACCUAUUUUAAUGCACUUCUUAACAUGUGGAAAGCCCAAAAAUGUGGCUUGUUGUGAACAAGCCCUAAAGCCAAACGAUAGAGCAACAUCUGCAACAAGCAAACAAAAAUAAUUCACCUAAAAUAUAACUGUAUCUUUGCCAAUGAUUCUUACGCAAUGUUGCAGUAAUGUACCUUCCUAAUUUUAUAAUUCUUUCUGUGCUGUACCCAUUAAGGAUAAUAAAACUUAAAACAUUUGA